AUGGAGGAAGUGGGGGAGGAAAUGAGUGAGAAAAGUAGCUACAACUACGGUUGCGGUUAUGGUAGGGCAACGACUGUGACUGCUGCUAAAAACUACAACUGUUGUAGAUCAUUGCUAUUGCUGCAGCUACUACAGAUUGCUAUGGCUGUGGCUGUAGAAGCUACUAAAAAUUGUUAUUGUAGUGAUGAGGAAGCUAUAGCGAUGUUAAAGAAAUCUAUAGAAGCGGUAGCAGCAGCGAAAGCUGUUGCAGCAGAGGAAGCAAGAUGUAGUGGCAGAUGGACGAAGCUUGAGGCAGGUGUCUCAGCAAUGGCUCCACCCUCCUCCGAUCUCAAGCUCUUGGGGUCAUGGGCGAGCUCCUACACUCACCGAGUCCAACUCGCCCUCAAGCUCAAAGGCCUCGCCUUCGAGUACGCGGAGGAGGACCUCGCCGACAAGAGCCCCUCCCUCCUCCUCUACAACCCCGUCUACGAGAAGGUCCCGGUCCUCCUCCACCGUGGCCGCCCGGUCCUCGAGUCCGUCAUCAUCCUCCACUACCUCGACGAGACAUGGCCCGAGGUCCCCCUCAUGCCCGCCGACCCUUACGACCGCGCUCUCGCCCGCUUCUGGUGCCACUUCGUCGACGACAAGCUCGGCCCCGCCGUGGGAGCGGUGUUCGCGUCGCCGAGCGACGGUCAGGCAGCGGCGGUGGAGCAGGUGCAUGAGAACCUGAGGCUGGUGGAGCGCGAGCUGAGGGAGGGGGCGUUCGCGGGAAGGAGGAGGUUCUUCGGCGGCGAUAAGAUCGGUGUUCUGGACAUCGUCCUCGGUUGUGGUUCCUACUGGCUUGCGGUGUUCGAGGAGGUGAUGGAGGUGAAGCUGGUCGACCCGGAGGCGUUUCCACUCUUCCACUCAUGGCUGCGGGACUUCGAGGCGCAGGAGGAGGUGAAGGCGAUCAUCCCGGCGAUCGACCGGCUGCUGGAGUACGCGAGGGGCGUUCGCCAAAUGAUGCUUGGGCUCAGCACUCGGCAGCAGUGACGACGCCGUUGCUGCCGAUGCAUGCAUGGUCUAUAUAUAACAGUAGUAAUGAGAAGGAAGGCCAUAUUAUCGUGUGUGGGUGUUGAGCUAAGUGUAUUAUGGAUGUGUCAUGUGAGCAGUGGUUUAAGAGGGUGUGAGCUAUCUCGAUAAGAUUACCAUAAUAUGUUGAAAAAUAAUUUUCAUUCGAAUAAUGUUUUUGUGUGUUGUUUU